CUUGGCCAAUAAAACCUGAUUCUGAUUCUGAUUCUGUAUUGAUGACAAACUUCAUGCAAAGGCGUAGUCUGUAUUGAUGGUAUUACUAACUGCAUGCGGUGGCACAGUACUGUAGAUAACUAUAAUACCAGAAAGCCACCCACUUCCAGAUGAGAUACAAGUCUAGCAAAUAGCCCAUCAAUCAUAGAAUCAAACAUAAAAAUAUGUUUCAGUGUUGCAGGACUUGUAAACAAGAUAGAGGAGAAGAGAGAGGAUGUUUUAAAAAUAUAUAGUUUCUAAUAUUAUAGGAGACAUUCAAAGGAUCCAGUCAAACAAAAGAAAGAAGACUGAGGAAAAAAGAAACAAAGAGAGACAUAACAAUCACUCCCAGUGCAGGAAGACUUCAUACCAGAAAUGACAUCAGCGACUGGACACCAGAGAGAAACGACAUGAAUGCUCUCAGUGUUUCAAAACCUUUGCUGGCCCUUCCGCCCUGGCAGUUCAUCAACGAAUACACACAGGAGAAAAGCCCCAUCAGUGCAGUACAUGUGGGAAGCGUUUCAGAAGUAACUCACAUCUCACCGUCCAUAACAUAAUCCAUACCGGAGAAAAGCCACAUCAGUGUUCUCAGUGUGGAAGGGCCUUUAAUCAAAUGUGCAAUCUCAAGAGACACCAGAAGAUCCAUAUUGGGGAAAAGCUGUAUCGGUGUUCAACAUGUGGGAUGAGUUUCAGGAGUAGCUCAAAACUUACCACCCAUCAGCUGACACAUACAGUAGGAAAGCCUUAUCAGUGUUCUCAGUGUGGAAAGGCCUUUAAUCAAAUAUCUGAGCUCAAGGUUCACCAGGAAAUACAUAGCAGAGAAAAGACUUAUCAGUGUAGUACAUGUGGGAAGGGUUUCAGGAGUAGCUCAGAACUCAACGUCCAUCAGAUUAUACAUGCUUUUCCACAUAAGUGUUCUGACUGUGGAAAGGCCUUUAGUCAAAUGUCUCAUCUUGAAGUACAUAAAAAAAUACAUGCAAUUAAAAAGUCCCAUCAGUGUUCUCAGUGUGGAAAGGGCUUUAAGCAAAUGUGUAAUCUGAAAAAACACCAGAGGAUCCAUACUGGGGAAAAGCUGUAUCAGUGUACUACAUGUGGGAAGAGUUUCAGGUUUAGCUCAAAUCUAGCCACCCAUCAGAUUACCCAUGCGGGAGAAAAGCUACAUCGGUGUUCUCAGUGUGGAAAAUCCUUCAAUUUAAAGCAUCAUCUCAAGUUACAUCAGAGGAUCCAUACUGGGGAAAAGCCGUAUUUGUGUACUUCGUGUGGGAAAAGUUUUAGGAGUAGCUCACAUCUCACCACCCAUCAGAUCACGCAUACAGGAGAAAAACCUUAUCAGUGUUCUCUCUGUGGAAAGGCCUUUAAUAGAAUAUCUAGUCUCAAGGUACACCAGAAACUACAUUCAAGAGGAACGUCCCCUCAGUGAAGUACAUGAAGUACCAUGUGCUGGAAAUAAGUGUGUUCAGUGUGGCAGACCCCUGAGUCAAAGGUGUCACCUCAACAUAUGCACUCUAAGAUGUCGGACAUGAGAAAUACCAUGACGGCGUAUACACUUCCACAGAUGCCACCAGAUAUCAGAUCAAACAUACUGGGAGAACCUUACGAAUGCUACAAUAUGUGGAAAAGCUUACCAAAGGAAAACUCUGAUAUGAGUGUUCUCAGUGUGGUCGACCCCUGAAUCAAAGCUGUCAUCUCUUUUAUAUGUAAAAAAGUGAAUAAUGUCCACUUAAUUAAAAAUGGCAAUCACCAGAGAGUCCAUGCUGGGGAGAAACUUUGACUCUGAUCUUAUAUUCAGAUAUAUAUAUACCCAUAGGGUGUUUUAAGUGCAUUGUGUUUGCCUCCUGGUAUGAAAUGUGACGUAUAAAUAAAGUUUGAUUUUAUUUAAA